UCCGUGUUCUUCUGAAGCAUGUAUGAGGUGUAAUAACACUCGGAGUUCCCCACGCAACUUUCCUUGUAUUUUUUCUCGUCAUUCAUCGCAGGUUGUUGUAACUUUCUGCAAGUUGCAAAAUUUUUCAUCCGAUCACAUUUUUCGUUGAACUGGAUCGUGAUUAUUGGUAUUUGUUUGUGUUUGCUUAUUUCUUUGUUAACUUCAGGCACACGCAGACUUCAAGUUGUCUUCAAGUCCUCGAAAUCUAUGGCGUAUUACGGAAAUGAUCGAUGUGGAACCUUUGAACAGUAUUAUCGCUGUUAUCCUGUCUCCUUCAUCGACAAGUCACAUCUGGAAAAGGGUGAUAAAAUUAUCAUGCCUCCCUCAGCCCUUGAUCGCCUCGAAUUCGUAGCUGAUGAAGGGAUCAUAUAUAUACCAUACUGGAUGAUGGAAAAUAUGCUCCUCCAAGAGGGAGACCUUUUAUAUGUGAAAAACACCAACCUUACAAAAGCAACUUAUGUGAAGCUGCAGCCUCACACAAAGGAUUUUUUAGAUAUCUACAAUCCAAAAGCCAUCUUAGAGACUUCACUGAGGAGUUACUCAUGCUUAACAACUGGGGACACUAUAAUGGUUCAAUACAACAAGAAGAAGUAUUACAUUGACGUUGUUGGAACUCGACCCUCUCCUGCAGUCAGUAUAAUUGAAACUGACUGUGAAGUUGAUUUUGCUCCGCCACUUGAUUAUAAAGAACCUAAGAAACAAGCCAAAGUUGACAGGAGAAGACCAAAGGUUGAAGAUGAGCCGCCAAAAAAGAUUGCCCGGUUCAAUUCAUUUUCUGGUUUUUCAAGACGCUUGGAUGGUAAAGCCUCGUUAGAACCAGUUGAACAAACAUCCCUUCCGGAGUUAAAGCAGAAACAAUAUCACAAAGAAAUCAAUAAUUCAGACGCUAAGCCAACAAAUACUGCGUCUCAUGGAGCUUUGGGAAAGCUGGUGUUUGAGUCAAAUGCAACUACAUCUAGCAAUAAAGCAACACCUAAGGUUUCUCAAGAAAGUCAAUGUCAAGACAAAUCCCAGGAGGAGGGAGAUCCAAAAUUCAAACCUUUCAUUCCCUUUUCUGGUUCUGGAAGACGUUUGGGUGGUAAAACCUCAGCACACCCAGUUGAAGUAGCAUCCUUUCCUGAAUUACAUCAGAAAGAAACUGACAAAGAAAUGAAGGAUUCUGAUUCUAAGCCAGUAAAUAUUGCGUCUCGUAUGGCUUCUGGAAAGCUUGUGUGUGGGAUAAAUGCAGCUUCAUCUAGCUGUCAAGCAACAUCUAAGACUUCUCAUGAAAACAAAUGGCAAGAGAAAUUUCUAGAGGAAGAAGAUCCAAAAUACAACCCUUUCAUUCCGUUCUCUGGAAUGGGAAGACGUUUGGGUGGUAAAUCCUCAACACGAACAGUUGAAGAAACAUCCCGUCCAAAGCUAAAGCACAAAGAAACUGACAAAGAAAUGAAGAAUUCUGAUUCUAAGCCAACAAAUACUGCUUCAUGUAGAUCUUCUGGAAAUCUUGUGUUUGGAUCCAAUGUAACUACGUCUAGCUUUCAAGCAACACCUAAGUUUAAUCCAGGAAACAAAAGUCAAGAGAAAUCCCAAAAGGAAGAACAGCUAAAGUUCAAGCCUUUCACUGGAAAGAAGCAUACGUUAAUGGAUUGAUCUUUAUUGUCUAAUUUUGUCUUGUUUUCUUUUGAUAUUACGGAAUAUUGGUUGAACCAACAUUGGCUAAGCUUAAUCCAUAUUCCACUCUGAUAUACGCUUUUCAUGCUAUAUAUGUAAAUAUCAGAUGUAACCUCAUGGAACAAGAAAUUACUCCAAAAAUUUUGAAUUCUUAUUUGAUUUAUUUU